AUGUCUUUCUCGUCUCUCCCGACUGAGCUUCUACAACACAUCGCAUACGACAUAGAAUCUCUCGAAACCCUCCGCGCCUUGUCUUGCCUGAAUCAGCGAUUCUACGCAAUUUUUGAUCCUUUUCUCUACCAGCAAGAUGCUUGCAACAACAGCAGUGCUCCCGGUAGUUUGGCUGUUGCAUGGGCUGCCGAGCAUGGAAAUCUAGCUUUAUUGAAGAAGGCAUUGAGCUAUGGCGCAGAAAUAUCAUUAUCAUCACCAUAUCCACAAAAGAGAAGACUAAGACCGGUCCCGGAAGAGAGGACUAAUAUGAGAGGCGACUGGGCCCAACUUUCAGCAAAAGACCGACCUGAACAUCCUCUCUGUAUAGCCGUCAAAAGAGGCCAUAAAGCCCUCACAGAAUUCCUGGUCGUCAACCGGCGGUGUGACAUCAAUAUGCGAAACCAGCAAGGAUUUCCUUUGUUGAGUCUGGCCGUGCUUUAUGGACACAUACAUCUCAUCAAACUUUUACUUGAGCUAGGUGCCUCCUCGCAAAUGACCGACGACUACUAUCGGGUACCGAUUUGUACGGCGGUGGUGGAAGGUUUUGAGAGGGGUAUGGAAUUGCUACUUGAUCCAAAGUUACGUCGGGACUGUAGGCCGUCUAUUGAACACAUGCAACGCGCACUUGAAUCUGCUUUACAUGCAGACGAGGAGAUUUACAGUAACAAGGACAACAUCAUACGCAUUCUGCUGGAUUCUGGUCUUCUUGAUGGCGAGAGCCGGUUGGAUUUUACAUUCAGAGACAGGCGCAAAACAACAGAGAUAAGGACUCCAUUACACUGGGCUGUUGAGCAGGUCAAUAUCAAAUACUUGCAACGCUGUCUGGAAGCAGGCGCAGAUCCGAAUUUCCCAAGAAAUUCAGUGCCAUGGAGCAUUGCUUUGGUGCGAGCAGUGAAACUUAAGAAUGAAGAUAUGGUCAAACUUCUACUGCCCAAAACGCGGCGGGUGCAACGCACUCUAGCUCUGGCAUGGAGUAUCAAGUUGUUUGCCCCUGAAGAUGACAAGGGACGCAACAUCCCACAGAUCCUACUGCAGAAUGGAACUCUGCCUGAUUAUCAGGAGGGCGACGAUGCAUUCUUACGAAGCGGUUCAAGGAACACGUUUGGCGAAUGCACUCUUGGGGUUGAGUAUCCAGAGGAGCUGACGGAUGCCCCCUUAGUUCUGGCCGUUCAUUCUGGAGAUAUUGAUUUAGUGCGAUUACUGGCUGAGUAUGGCGCAAACGUCAACGUCAACUUUCUUGAGUUUUUGCCAUCCUUCGGCGAGGUCCUUGAACCUUUGACGUUGGCGACAAAAUUGGGGCAUUUGGAGAUUGCGCAGUUUUUGCGGGAUCAUGGAACUGUAGAACGGGACUAUAUGACCGAGAUACAGGCUCAUUUCGUGGGUUGGUCAUAUAAUAGACCCGCUGAAUCUUUUCUAGCUGGAGAUGAAAGAGUUGCACCUAUACCCGAGUAA